AUGAUAGGUGGAAAUAAUCCGGGCAUCGAGUGCUGCUGUUUUAGUUGCUGCACCUGCAUAAACAUCGGUUUUUUGAAAACCGAGAAUGGAUUGUUAAAAAUUGCUGAAAUCAUCUUAGGUUCCUUCUGUCAAUUUAUGGCCGUUAACUUUGGUUUAUCCUACGUGGCUACGAUGGGAGUAGCCUACCAGGGCUUCGUAACCACAGCUGUUUGGUGUGUGAUGACCACUUUCUUGCUGAGUGUAUGCUACCUAGUGUCCUACAAGUCUGCGAGCCUAAUCAGACAAUCGUUAUUCGAAUUGGUGUUCAAUACGGUGGCCGCUUUCAAUUACAUAAGCGCCAGUUCGUAUCUUGGAUUCGUGGUGAAGACGUUACUAUAUCCACAGUACAUCAUAACGCCGCAUUUUGAAGUGUAUCCUGCGAUGACAACAGCCUACAUGAUCGGGACAUUGGUUGGAAUUGUUCACGCGUACGACGCGUACAAGUCUUACAAAUACUACAAAGGCUACAGAUAAACUGCAUCGACUAUUACUUAC